AUGGCCGGUCUUCCCCCUGUGUAUAUUGUCUCGGCGGCGAGAACUCCCGUCGGUAGCUUUCUAGGAAGCUUGUCCAGCCUCAGCGCGACACAAUUGGGGUCGCACGCCAUUAAGGCCGCUGUUGAGCGUGUCCCCCAGAUCAAGCCCGAGGAUGUCGAGGAGGUGUUUUUUGGAAAUGUCCUCUCGGCCAAUCUCGGCCAGGCCCCGGCCCGCCAGUGCGCCCUCGGCGCCGGCCUCUCGGAGGCUGUCGUGUGCACAACGAUCAACAAGGUGUGCGCGUCCGGUCUCAAGGCCAUUAUCCUCGGCGCCCAGACCAUCAUUACGGGCAAUGCCUCCAUCGUUGUGGCUGGCGGCACCGAGAGCAUGUCUAACACACCCCACUACCUCCCCAACCUGCGAACUGGGACCAAGUACGGCGACUCGUCGCUCAUCGACGGCGUGCAGAAGGACGGCCUCCGCGACGCAUACGGCAAGCAGGAGCUCAUGGGCAUGCAGGGCGAGCUCUGCAGCCAGGACCACGGCCUGACACGUGAGAUGCAGGACGAGUACGCUAUCAAGACAUACCAAAAGGCCCAAGCCGCUACCGAGGCCGGCCUCUUCACCGAGAUUGCGCCCAUCGAGGUGAGCGGCGGUCGGGGCAAACCGCCCGUCAAGGUCGACCGGGACGAGGAGGUCAAGAACCUCAACAUUGACAAGCUGAAGACGGUCCGUCCCGUCUUCAUUCCCAAUGGCGGCACCGUCACGGCUGCCAACGCCGCGCCGAUCAACGACGGUGCGGCUGCGGUGGUGCUGGUCUCGGAGGCCAAGCUCAAGGAGCUCGGCAUCAAGCCGCUGGCCAAGAUCCUCGGCUGGGGUGAUGCGGCGCGGGAACCCCCCCGCUUCACUAUCGCCCCGGCACUGGCCAUCCCCAAGGCCAUCAAGCACGCCGGCCUGACGGAGAAGGACGUUGACUACUACGAGAUCAACGAGGCUUUCUCGGUUGUGGCGCUGGCCAACAUCAAGCUUCUGAACCUGGACCCGGAGAGGGUGAACGUGUUUGGUGGCUCGGUCGCCAUUGGCCACCCGCUGGGUGCCUCGGGCGCACGCAUCGUCACCACAUUGACGUCGGUGCUGCGCGAGAAGAAGGGCAAGAUUGGCGUGGCGGGUAUCUGCAACGGUGGUGGCGGUGCAUCUGCCCUCGUGAUUGAGAACCUGCAGUGA